AUGUUUCCACAAGGUGCCUUUGAUAAGCUUGAAGAUGAAGAUAUAGCGUAUAGGGAAUUCUUUGAUGAUGAUGAUUCACCCCCCUCUAACUUUGAUUGGGAAAAUGUUAGGGCAUUUGUGAAAUUUUUGAAGUACUUUUAUGACGCAACAAAAGUGUUUUCAGUGUCAACCCAAGCAAGUUUGCACACAGCUUUCCCCCAUUUGGCGACAAUUUUCAUUGAAUUAAAAAAAUCAGCCAUGAACCUCAAUGGUUGUUUUGCUACCGUGGCUAAGGACAUGCUGCAAAAGUACAACAAAUAUUGGGGUAAUAUAAGUAACAUGAAUCAGCUUAUUUAUUUUGGUGUUAUUUUAGAUCCUCGGUUUAAGUUAAGAUAUGUGGAGUGGUGUUUUGAAGACAUGUAUGAAAAUGAGUCUGAUGUCAAGAAAAAACUGUUAGAAUCCAUCAAUAGUAAUAUAUCCAAAAUGCAUGAUUGUUACACAUCUAGGAAUUCAGCUUCUAGUGUUGUAGAGGUUGAUUCCCAUGUUCAAACAGCAGCUGGUGCUGAAACAACCUCCCAAUUGGCUAGAGAAAAUGCUUUUCAAAACCAUCUAAAGGUCAUUGAUUCAGUCAUUGUAGAAACUAAACUUCAGGGUUAUCUCAAAGCAAAAAAUAUUGAAUUUGUAGAAAAAUUUGACAUUCUUUCUUGGUGGAAAAACAAAGCUGGUGAUUACCCAAUUAUGUUCCAAAUGGUUAGAGAUAUCAUGCCUACUCCGGUUUCUACCGUGGCUUUUGAGAGUGCUUUCAGCAACGGUGGGAGGGUUUUAGAGGUCUAUCGAAGCUCGCUCCAACCGGAUAUGGCUGAGGUUCUAAUAUGUACACAAAACUGGUUGAGACCAUCCUUUUACCAAUUCAAAGCCAUGGAAUUCGACGAGGAGUAUGAAAUUUGUGAAGAUGUAUUAAAUGGAUUGGUUGGAAGUUCAGCCGGAAGUGGGCAACCUUCCUCCUCUCAAUCACAGCCUUCUUGCUGUGUUUGA